AUGGUCACUUUGCAAGAAAGGAUUGCCGCCGCCAAGGCUGCUGAAGCUGAAAUCGCGCUUGAAAAGAAGAAACAAGCGUGGGCCGACGAAGAAUUCGAGUAUUUCUCAAACUACUUCAAGGAUCGUCAUCAGCGGGCAGAGAAGUUAAAGGAGCUCCAAACGAUCGCGAAGUCGGGUGAAGUUCUUGACCUUAAUACGGACGACGAGAACGAGGAAGCCGACAGAAUCAAAGAAGAGGCACAGGCUAUGCACGUGCAUGAGUCUGAUAGUGCGCCUGAGACAAUCUUGACCUUCAACUUAGGCGGACAUACAGAAGCACUCUCCAGUGCACAGGCUCCUUGCUCUAUGCAAGGAUUCGGCCAGCGAGUCCGCGCGCCAGCAGGUCUUACUAGUGCGAUCACACCUUUCUCUGCCGCAGCAAUCGACCAGCAAACCAACACGUCAGAAGCUCAGGGUCAAGCACUCAUUAGUACGAACGCCUCCUCACCUAUGCUGCCACUAUCCCAGCAGAUACACACGUCACAGACACAUGUUCAUGUGCCCACUCGUUCCAGUUCUCGCCCUGUUUGGCCCAUUGGACGGAAGGAAUCCAGCUCGACACCCAAUGCGGGCAGUGGGAUGAUCAGAGCUGCAGGUCCACGUGAGCAACCGCCAAACCCAGAAAAUAUGUUCACGCCCUUUCGCCCUCCAUUCAAAGACCUUCCAACAAUCAUCAACGACCCCUAUGGGACGCAUGGUAGGGACUACAUCGAGCUGCGGUGCGGCUUGUGCAAUGCAAACACAGGCAGAGGCCGGACGUUCAUGAAGGGAGUACAUGGCUUACACACGCAUAUCAGGUCGAUACACUACGCAGAGGUCAUGAGGCGCAUGGAGAAGUUUCCUUCCGCCGAGGAGGUUGUCCAAAUGUGUGCAUAUCGGUCCCUCACGCGAGAGGAGGUCGAACAGAUUCGACGCGACCCGUUGCAGAUCGAGGUCGUUGUGGGACCUGCUGCAGACGCCGAACAUCCCUCACGACGUUCGCGAAACAGAUCUUCGAAGGGGAGCAAGGGCGCCGAGUCAGGCCGACGCGAUCGCUCCAAGCGCGAAGCACAAAAGAAAGUGGCCAAGACGAAGAACAAGAAGAGGCAGCAGCAUACCACAUUCAAAGAGCGCCACAUUGUCGAGAGCGAAAGCGGAGACUCUGCUGAUGAUGCGGUCCGAGUGACUCGUCCGCUUCUGCGCAGUCAUGGCGAGAAACUUGUGCGCAGAACAUCACCUCCACCGAAGGUCGUCAGUGAUGUUGCUGGUCUGCAGUAA